AGCGCGGAUGCUUCACAAUGGCGGCGAAACCAAAGCGCUGUAAAGUUUUGAUGUUGAGUUUGAUCUGUGCGGCGCUGCUCUCGGUCAGCGCACUGACCACAGCCUCGGACUUAACAUGGGACGAAAGCGGAUACGUGCUGUACUGUCCGUGCAUGGGUCGCUUUGGAAACCAGGUGGACCACUUUCUCGGCUCGCUGGCCUUUGCCAAAGCGCUGAACCGGACACUGGCGGUGCCCCCCUGGAUUAUUUACCGGCAUCACGCGCCCCCGUACACGAAUGUGCACAUCCCCUACAGUGAGUAUUUCAAGCUUGAGCCGCUUAAGCAGUACCACCGUGUGGUGAGCCUGGAGGAUUUCAUGGCCCAUCUGGCCCCUGCACACUGGCCCCUGGGCCAGAGGACCGCCUACUGCUUUGAGUCUGCUGUUCAAAGGAGUACGGACAAGAAGAGCUGCCCAAUGAAGGAUGGAAAUCCAUUUGGUCCAUUCUGGGACCACGUUGGAGUGGAUUUUGACCAUUCCGUUCCGUUUGGUGGCCUGUCUUUCAGCUCUUACUACAUACCACACUGGAUAAAAAGGUUUCCCCCAGCGGAGCACCCUGUGCUGGCAAUGCCUGGAGCCCCAGCACAGUUCCCUGUGCUGGAGGAGCAUAUUAGCCUGCAGCGCUAUGUGGUAUGGGCUGACAUGAUUGUGGAGGAUGGAGAAAAACACAUCAGCACUCUGCUCCCUAGACCUUACGUUGGCAUCCACCUCCGGAUCGGAUCAGACUGGCAAAACGCCUGUAAGUUGCUGCAGUCGGGCGAUGCCGGCCCUCACUUCAUGGCCUCACCGCAGUGUGUGGGUUACGACCGGCAGACGGCGCUGCCUCUCACCUUCACCAUGUGUCUGCCUGACCUGGCAGAGAUCCUGCGUGCCGUCAAGCUCUGGGUUAAAAAGACAAAGGCUCAGUCUGUUUACAUCGCCACCGACUCUGAGUCCCACAGUACUGACAUUGAGAAAGCCUUCAAAGGAAAGGUCAAGGUGGUCAGUCUUCGCCCGGACGUGGCUCAGCUUGACCUGUACAUCCUUGGCCAGGCUGACCACUUCAUAGGGAACUGUGUCUCAUCCUUUUCAGCCUUUGUGAAGAGGGAAAGAGACAUGCAUGGCAGGCCCUCGUCCUUCUUUGGGAUGGACUAUCCCGGCAAAAAGAAAAAAGAUGAGCUUUAGACGGAGCCUUGAACUGAUUUUUGUUUUUGGCUGUGAAAACUGAAGUGUGUGGAAAUCUCAGGUGAUUGUUUUGUGUUUACAGAAGAGAAAGUUGCUGCAGUUUUUUAAGGAAGUUGAUUUAGUGUUUAAUCAGCGUAGAAAGCACAAGAAGUUUGGGAUAACAGGAUGAAUUGUUCGACAAAACGGUUCUGAAACAGAUUUCCACUCCAGAUUUCCUCUCUCUCACUCUCACUCUCUCUCUCAUUUCUUCUCCUCUAACAGAAAGAAUACAAAAUAUGAAAUAAGCAAGAGAUCAGUGGUGGGCAAAGUGGGCAAUUCCAAUAUGGCAGUAAAGAGAAGCUAAACCUACGUUAUCUGAGUUGCCAGUUUAUUACACACACCUAGGCUUUUUCCGCACAGCAGGUAAAAGUGGCCCAAAUCCGAUCUUUUUCUUCAUAUGUGACACAAAUGUGUGUCUGUGUGUCAGUGUGAACAGCAAAAAACGUAUUGAAUCUGACAUUUUCAAUUCCGAUUUGAGACGCUUUCAUAUGUGGUACUGAAAUCUGAUCCGUAUCCGAUAUGCGACUUUUACGUCAAUCCAACUCCACAUUAGUCAUAAUUUUGCGCUGCUGAGACUCCAUAAACAUUUAGGCUGAUGUUGCUGUAUCAAAAAGUUAGAAGGCACUUAUCACAACUGCUUUGCGUUCAAAGAGAUUUCGAUGGAAAUGGUUGCAGCAUCAAAUAACAGUUAAAAGUCUGAAAGUAAAGUUUAAAGAAUCCGAGGAAGUGAACCAAAGAAGCGACCGCGCCCUUUUUACGGCUCGAACACAUUCUGGGUGAU